AUGGACGCCCGCUUCGCUUCUACCUACGAUCCCACAGUCGACGUCCAACCCGAUCCUGAGCUUGACGACGACUGGGAUCAAGCGCUUGAAGCCUUGCGGGACCGCCAGAAAUGGAAACAGCAAGGAGCGGAUCGGUUGCUCGCUGCUGGUUUCACCAUGGACGAGGUCAGGAAGUGGGAAAAGGGCGGCGAGAAAACCGAGGAGGAUGUCAGGUGGGCGAAGAAAGGCGAGGGAAGAGAGUGGGAUCGCGGGAAGGUGGUUGAGGAGGGAGGUGAGGUGGAACUGAUGGCAGAGUGGGGGCGGUUGAAAGGGACGUAG